AUGCAUUUUCCUCUUGCUAUAGUCGUCAGCCGUGACGGAAUCAACGGCAUUAUCUGCGAGCACUCGGCCUCUGAAGGAAUCACCGUUCUCAGAUUCUGCGAAGAGUUCCUCCAGCACAUGCAGCAGUACCAUCAGCAGCAGGCACCUCCUCCUGGGUCACCUUCGAUUCGAACGAGCUCCCUGUGUUCCUCGUACCCUGUGUCACGACUCAGCUGGGACCUCGGUGACGACAUGCUCAAGGCUCUCCAGGACGCCACCAAGGCCAUCAACACCCUGGCGGAAGACGUGGACCUGUACAUUCUGCACUUCCCGAACUACGGCAAAAACUUCAUCAAAGAGCAACGCAUCAGUCCCGAUGUGUACAUACAGCUGGCUCUACAACUUACCUAUUACAAGGUGCACCGCAAACUGGUGUCCACCUACGAGAGCGCGUCCUUGCGCAAGUUCUACCUGGGCCGCGUGGACAACAUCCGUGCAGCCACAGCGCAGGCGCUCGCCUGGGUUCAAGCCAUGUGCGACGCCGUGCCAGCCACGGAAGAAGACAAGAUCCAACUCUUCUUAGAAGCAGUGGCUAAAGGAACUGAAAUACUGACAUACACGGUGAACGGCGAGGGACCGGACAACCACCUAUUGGGACUUCGGGAAAUGGCCAGGCUGCAUGAAAUGCCGGCGCCAAUCUUCAACGACAAGUCGUACUCCGACUUCCUCCACUUCAGACUAUCCACGAGUCAGCUGGCCACGGACAAGGGCAUCCUGGUGGGCUACGGCGCCGUGGUCCCUGACGGUUACGGCUGCGCCUACAACAUCGGUGCCGACCAGGUCUCGUACGUCGUCUCCUCCUUCUUCAGCUCGCCGGAGACUUCGUCCGACUUCUUCGCCCUCAGUCUCGAGGGCAGCCUCUUGCAGAUGCGAGAGCUGUGCCUCAAGCGGGCCACGCAGCUUAACAUGGCGCCGCCUCCGGCACGCAGUUAGUGCGCGUCGCCCCGUGCACAACGAAUUUAUCUGCCGCUCCGCGACCGAUUUCAUCAAGUUGCGUCAAUUCGCUCCCCGCACGCAAAAUCAGGGACUCUUUUUUUUAUAUUUUGUUUGAGAUUACGAAAAAGCCACAUUGGGGUGCUCGUAACAAAAAUAUGCGUCAUCCUCUUGCUAUCGCCAGAUGUGACUGUUUUUAAAUAUGUUUUUUUUUCGUAACCUGUCAUAUAAGGAGUGGUAUUAUCCUACAGUGCUGUUAUGAAUCACGACCAGAAUGUGUGGAAAACAAGUGGCACCUGUGUAUGACAUCGAAUCUUUUUGCUGAAGGUGCGUUAGAGAUGGCCCGCUCACGUUGAAACCUCAAUCAUGUCAUCUGCCCAUGUAGACGACCGUAGAGACGUGUUGGGACACGCGAUCUUGUUCUCGAUCAUUUCGGUCGUGUACAGUACGCUAGAGCUGCUUGCUCACAAAGUUGAACAUUCAUCCUGAAGCAUUGCGAGCUGCCACGCUGCCUGUGACUAAUUCACUCGUCAUGCGAGUGGAUAGCCUGUAAAAAUUGUCGCGCCACUCGACAAAUCAAACGUUUAAUCACGUACCUAUAAGGGCAUUAACCUGCGGUGCAGUUGGCGCAGUGACGUCAAGUUCCUCUUUCAUGAAACUAAAAUUGAGCAUGCCCAUUUUAUGUGUGUGUGACUAUCUAAGUGUGUUUGCAUGCGAAGGCAACUCGCCGCGAAACAGGGUUCUAGAGGAGCCUCGAAUACAGUCGGCCCCGCUCUUCACACCACAAAGCGGGAUUCCUUUUCCGCGAAAGCAACGAGCUUAAAGUUUUGUACUUGACGAAACAAUGUGACGAUAACGAAAUCGACGCUGAGCGUCCCCUGACGUAGAACCAUGCCGCCUGUUGUUAGGUUACGGACUAUGAGCGAAAAACAAAAACUGGACGAGUAAGCACGGAUUUGUGACCGAACUAAGAGAGUGGUAAAUGGUUGCGGCUGACACAACACAGCAGCGUCGCUCGCCUUUCUUCGACGUCAUUACAGUGCUCGUGCAGUUCGACCAUAAUUCCAGGCCGGGUAUGAACCUACACCUGGCUAGAUUCGCCUGUUCUAAUUAUUGCAGCGCGUUAUAUUUCUGGCAGUGAGAGGAAAAGAAUGACAAGUUUGUGUACUACCUGUAUAGAACACCCAGUACGAGGCCAGUACGAGGAUAUUGAUAGGUCUUGUUAAAAAUGAAACACUUUGGUGUAUUUAUGUCGAUUCAGCAGCCCGAGCAGAGAUCACACUGCUACGUCGUUCAGCUGCAAAGGAAAUAAAAGAGAUUGCUUGGACAGGCCGCCGGCAAGGCUGGUUAGGCCACAUGCUUCAUUGUCUAAGGAAGCAGCCUCCUGGACAAUCACUCUCCCGUCAGAAUUGAGGCCGCCACCGUGCAUAGACCCGCCUUCACUACUGAGAUGCACGAAGGCUACUUUUAACAAAACGACUACUCUCCGCUCCUGCGGAGCAAAAAGUACGGAGUUUGUGCAACUGCAAUAAGAACGAAACAUGACCGAGGGCAGUAGGCGGCUCUCAGAACGAAAACAGCGGCAGGUAACUUAAGUGUCUCGGAUGCGAGCUCUGAUGCACUACUGCCUGUGAAAGUAUCGUAGGCUUCGUGCCAAUCUAACGGGAUAUUGCACACGUCUGGUACGUGCGUGCGGCGUUUGAACAAAAGCAAACAAGAAAAAAAGUCAGAAAAGCACGCAAUAAAUGAUCAUCACUAACAUAGGCGGCAUUUCCUGUGCUCAGAUGAAAUAGUAAACUAUAAAUGUAUAGACACGUUGCGACACUGCAGGCAAGCCUUACACAUGAAGCUUGAGACAAGCCCUUCUUAUAGAGCGAUGUACGAGGGGCGUCGUCAUGUAUUGUUGAACUACUCGUUACUUUGUUCCUUCUUAAGUGACAGUGUGCGUGCCGCUUGUUAUUUGUUUCCUCGCAUAUUACACGGGGAGGUUGUGAGCUGGUGUUGUUAAGAGUCCGCCGUGUUUUUCUCGCGCCUAUAGUGGUGGUUUGCUCCUCAUUUCGGCGAGGUGACGUCACCGGUUGAUAUUUAUGAAUACGCGUAGUUACUCAGUCCUACUUAGUCAGUGGACGACAGGCUUGAUGGUUUCUGCAUCUUUUCCGUCGUUAUAUACCUUUCGCUCGUUAUAUUUCGCGAGUCUUGCAUGCGGUUUAUGUAGGAGUGCAUCCGCAAGUGUUCGUUCGGCUUGAAUCUGCUUCUUCGGCAACCGUUCCUUCGUCCACUCAGAAGUGCUGGCCAUGUUUGAAAACAAUCGACCCCCAAAUACGCUAGCACAGUUUCCCGUUUAAGCAUAUUUGUAAAAUACCAACCUAUACGGAAAAAGACACAUAAUUAGCAUUCGCAUUCGUUGUUACCCUCACAAUCUGACACCAUUCCUGAACUACAUCAAGUAUCGUCGUUCUCGGUAACCUCAAGGCAACAUAUGUUAGGGAGGUCGUUUACUUUUUUUUUUUUUGCUUUUGCUUCAUAAUAAAGAUGGCUCGUAAUCGCACCUCAUUGUUUUGCUCGCGAUUGGUAGGUGACUCCAAUAUCAAGUCACACGUGAAUGGUGAGGCAGAAAGCUUAACGGAUUGGACGUUUUUGGACACCUUUGUUCCGUUUCAGUCGUCGUGUGAAGCUGUCGCACGAGAUCUGUGCAGCGACACCCGCUGACUGUUAAAUCAAAACAAUUAUUAAAUGAUCAAACAAUCGCAAUGUCGGGCCAUUAUAUCCAGUUAGCUUUAUUCGUUGUUAAAGGUUACGUGCGCCCUUCUUGUGUCCGUGUAGUCAAUUAAAUUACGACGAAGCAUGAGAAAAAAAAAGAUUUUAACGCGUUGAAGAAAUAAAAAAAAGACGCACCAAACGUGAACGGAGAAGGCUGAAGCCAGUCGAACGCAAUAAAUGGAUGACCUAGUUUUUUUUUUUUUUUUUAAGUGGCACAAAGAAUGAUUUCCGCUAUCGCGCGAAAUCGGUCUUAGUGACGUCAUACCAGCAUGUGUAUGAAUAGGCAAUGCACUUUCGGUUCUCGUGCGCUAAAAGGUGCGCAAAAAGCUAUCAGCUGGGAAUCGAGCCGCGAACUCGGUACCCCGUGGCUACAUAAUUGUCUGGUGCCUAUAAUCAGGCAUCCGCGUGUGCCCAGAACGCAGCUGUUCUUUGGGCCUCCCCUGCACACAUAUCACUGCUUCUCCUUGACACUCGGCAGGCCUACCGCGCCACUUAGCACUUAAUAAGAAUAAUUACACAUUUAUCUGAGAACAGUUGUCGUCAUCAAAGGAAAACAAGAUCACCACAUAACACGCAAAUUGUAUAAAAAAUUAGCACGGCGUAGUGCUGGUACAGUCAUUAGCUGUCACAAAAGCGUGAUACAUUUGGUUUGUUUUUUGUUUUUUGUUGUUGUUGUUGUUGUUUUUUCAUUUAACGCACGUUUAUGGCAGCUCAUUUUGCAAUCUGCGGGGUGAUCAUCCCAGAUGUCAUUGGCAGUCAUUUAACCUUCACGAAUGGUUCAAUUUGAGCAGCAAUGUUUUUAACGAAUACCUUCAAAAUGAUGCAGAACGUCGAGGUGUGACUUGGUACCAGAGAUGAGAAUUACAAUAAAAAAAAAGGCUUUGGCCCGUAGGCCUGCUAGCUUCAAGCGAGGAGUCGCUAGCUUCGUUUAUAUAUUUAUCAGUAUAUAGUGGUCGGCUCAUUGUGUGUUCAACCGUGAGCAGCAAGAAAUUCAUAUCAGCUUGAAAUGCGACAGUCUGCCCUCGUGCGGCUUGACUGUAUACGCUUCGCUUCCAACUCACCUCCUUAACAGAGUAGGCAGAGAAAAGGUAGCGGGAACAGCGAGGGGCCGUUGGAAGAAGGAAGGAGGCCUGCAGGGAAAGGCGGUAAAGGAGCGAGAAGUGCGAAUGGUGAUGUCUUUAGGAUUUUCUUUUUGAACUGAGUGGAACAGCUAGGGUUGGUUGUUACCUUCCUUGAGCUAUUGCGUUCGCACGGAACAAAUCUCUCGUAAC